AUGGCAUCACCAACAUCAGCGAUGGUUCCAAACGAUAAUACUACCAGCGAAGCAGACCGACUUGCGCACAUUCCUAAAAAUCAGUACAUUAACUUUUUUCCCGAUAGGAACAAACUCACCGUAACUUUGAACUUUCUUUCACGUGGCCCCAACCCUGAUGGGGAAACUUUAGACCAUUUACUAGAAAUGAUCAACAUACUUCCCCUAUAUGCCAGAGAAACCAACAUACUGUACUUGAGCCUAUUCUUCAGACCCCGUAAUGAGGACGAUCUCCGCCUGACUCAGGCUAGACACUUGGUGAUCGACCGUGUCGUGGAAGAGAUAAACGAAUUCCCCUACUUGACAAAAUUCAGAGCUUGUCUACGUGUUGAUCGCUUUCACUGGGAUCAAGUGGCUGACCUCGCAUCUGCUCUUUACGGAAUCCAUAUAUCUUGCCCGGCUCUUCUCUUGAUAGAUGUCUUCGAUCGAGAUAUCGUCACUGAUACUUGA